GGUGGCGACUGGCUCCCGAGUCUGAGGGGCUCCUGCUUGUCAGGUUCUAGAUAGCUCAUGUUUUCUGCCUAGACAUAUGAUCAUUCCCGUGAGACUUCACUGCACGUUUUCUCAAGUGUCUUCCUCAUCCCUAAUGUGUAAUCCUUCAACAUGGACCUGCUACUUUAGCUAAGAUAUGACCAGCAACGAAUAGUAGUAAGAUAUGUGCUGAUUAGACGGCUCAAUUGUGCAGUGUGGAGGAUAAGACAGUGCCUUACAAAAAUGGGGUUUGGGAGUGACCUGAAGAAUUCACAUGAAGCUGUGUUAAAAUUGCAAGACUGGGAAUUACGGUUACUGGAAACAGUGAAGAAAUUUAUGGCCCUGAGAAUAAAAAGUGAUAAAGAAUAUGCAUCUACUUUACAGAACCUUUGUAAUCAAGUUGAUAAGGAAAGUACUAUCCAAAUGAAUUAUGUCAGCAAUGUAUCCAAGUCUUGGCUACUUAUGAUUCAGCAGACGGAACAACUUAGUAGGAUAAUGAAGACACAUGCAGAGGACCUAAAUUCUGGGCCCUUACACAGGCUCACCAUGAUGAUCAAAGACAAGCAGCAGGUGAAGAAGAGUUAUAUAGGUGUUCAUCAGCAGAUAGAGGCAGAGAUGAUCAAGGUCACCAAGACAGAAUUAGAGAAAUUAAAAACAAGCUAUAGACAAUUAAUAAAAGAAAUGAAUUCUGCCAAAGAGAAAUAUAAAGAAGCUGUAGCUAAAGGGAAAGAAACUGAAAAGGCUAAGGAACGUUACGACAAAGCCACAAUGAAACUUCAUAUGUUGCAUAAUCAAUAUGUAUUGGCAUUGAAAGGGGCGCAGCUUCAUCAGAAUCAGUAUUAUGACACUACACUUCCUCUGCUUCUGGAUUCCUUACAAAAGAUGCAAGAAGAAAUGAUAAAAGCACUGAAAGGUAUAUUUGAUGAAUACAGCCAGAUAACCAGUCUUGUUACAGAGGAAAUAGUGAAUGUCCAUAAAGAGAUUCAAAUGUCAGUUGAACAGAUAGACCCUAGCACAGAAUACAAUAAUUUUAUAGAUGUUCACAGAACGACAGCUGCUAAAGAGCAAGAAAUUGAGUUUGAUACUUCCUUACUAGAAGAUAAUGAAAAUCUACAGGCAAAUGAGAUUAUGUGGAAUAAUUUAACAGCAGAAAGUUUGCAAGUAAUGUUGAAAACUUUAGCAGAGGAACUUAUACAGACACAGCAGAUGCUUUUAAAUAAGGAGGAAGCUGUCCUGGAGCUAGAGAAGAGGAUUGAGGAAUCUUCUAAGACCUAUGAAAAGAAGUCUGAUAUUGUACUUCUGCUAAGCCAAAAACAGACACUUGAAGAGCUAAAACAGUCAGUCCAGCAGCUGAGAUGCACUGAGGCAAAGUUUACAGCACAGAAAGAAUUGCUAGAGCAAAAAGUGCAAGAAAAUGAUGGGAAAGAGCCGCCUCCAGUAGUAAAUUAUGAAGAAGAUGCACGAUCAGUUACAUCUAUGGAAAGAAAGGAGAGGCUAUCCAAAUUUGAGUCUAUUCGUCAUUCAAUUGCUGGAAUCAUUAGGUCUCCAAAGUCUGCACUGGGCUCUUCAACAUUCUGUGAUACGAUCCCCAUAAUUGAGAAGCCUCUGGCAGAACAGGAUUGGUACCAUGGUGCAAUUCCCAGAAUAGAAGCGCAAGAUCUGUUAAAACAACAAGGAGACUUCUUGGUGCGAGAGAGUCAUGGGAAACCUGGUGAAUAUGUCCUUUCUGUAUUUUCUGAUGGACAAAGGAGACACUUUAUCAUACAAUUUGUUGAUAACAUGUAUCGUUUUGAAGGCACUGGGUUUUCAAAUAUCCCUCAACUUAUAGACCAUCACUAUACAACAAAACAGGUCAUCACUAAGAAAUCAGGUGUAGUUCUGCUGAAUCCUAUUCCUAAGGAUAAGAAAUGGGUUCUCAAUCAUGAAGAUGUCACAUUGGGAGAAUUACUGGGCAAGGGAAAUUUUGGUGAAGUAUUUAAGGGCAUAUUAAAGGAUAAAACUGCUGUUGCUGUUAAAACGUGUAAAGAAGAUCUUCCUCAGGAACUGAAAAUAAAAUUUUUACAAGAAGCCAAAAUUCUCAAGCAAUAUGAUCAUCCCAAUAUUGUCAAACUUAUAGGAGUUUGCACACAAAGACAGCCUAUCUACAUAAUUAUGGAACUGGUUCCAGGAGGUGAUUUCCUCUCCUUUCUGAGAAAGAAGAAGGAUGAAAUAAAACUCAAACAAUUAGUGAAAUUUUCAUUAGAUGCUGCUUCUGGUAUGGCCUAUCUUGAGAGUAAAAACUGUAUACACAGGGAUCUUGCUGCAAGAAACUGUCUGGUAGGUGAAAAUAAUGUUCUGAAAAUCAGUGACUUUGGAAUGUCUCGUCAAGAGGAUGGUGGAGUGUAUUCAUCUUCUGGCUUAAAGCAGAUUCCCAUUAAAUGGACAGCACCAGAAGCUCUUAAUUAUGGGAGAUACAGCUCUGAGAGUGAUGUGUGGAGCUUUGGCAUCCUCCUCUGGGAGACCUUCAGCUUAGGGGUCUGCCCAUACCCUGGAAUGACAAAUCAACAAGCUCGGGAGCAAGUGGAAAGAGGAUACCGAAUGUCAGCCCCUCAGCAUUGUCCAGAGGACAUUUUUAAAAUUAUGAUGAAGUGUUGGGAUUAUAAACCUGAAAACCGCCCCAAGUUCACUGAACUUCAGAAAGAGCUCACUGUCAUCAAGAAGAAAAUCACAUAGUGACAGAACAGUGCAAACUCAGCCUCCAGGACUUGGUCCUCCAGCAGAGUAAUAUUGUUCUUCUCGUUAACAAUGAGUUUAUACCACAUUAUGUGCAACAGUCUUCUAAGGUUAUUUUUUUUAAUUAACUGUUUUUUAAAUAUGUGCCGUUAAAAAAAGUCAAAGGCAAAUGCAUUCAAGAAACAGGUAGUCCUACCAAGGGCUUUCUUAGCUCACCACAGCAAUCCUGGCAUUUCAGCCCUCUGUAAAUAGAAAAGCACAGGCUCUAAACGUGAGGGGGAACCAAUCCAUCUUUUUCACACCAGGACCAUCGAUGUUUCUCAGAGAUUUUUUACUUCAGACCCAGUUCACGGCUGCUGUCCCAUGCCACAGACCCUACUCGAUCGGUGCUAUCAGCUGCAUUGGUAAUGCCAUGUCUGCAGGACACAUUCCAACCAAAGUUGGCUUUCUGCUCUGCCAAGGCAAGAGUGUAUUUGUAAACAUCAUUUUAUAUUGAGAAUUAUUUAGACCUCCUAGGGGUUUUCUUUCCUUUCUCGCCAGAAAUAAGCACAGUGUAAGAAUCCUCACAUUCCUGUCUUAUUGGUAAACCUGUUGUUUCCCUCCCCUUUUGUCCAGGCAUCAGAAAAUGAUACCUGGAACGUCCUCAAAGAGCUCUUAAUUGAGGCCACAGCUUUUAAAGAAUGUUUCAGACAGCUGUGAUGGCAAGAAGUAAGUUGGAACAGGAGGACGGUCUGGAGAAAGGGGCAGCUAAAGUCAUCAUCAAAGAGAAGGAAAGGAAAAUAGAAAAUCUGCCUUCUUACCAGAGUUAUGCCUUUACACACACACACACACACACACACACACACACACACACACACACGUGCUUUAUUUUAUGGUCUGAUUCAUGAAAAAGGUUUUAAGAAAUGUUUUCAGGAGUUCAUAGAUAGAGCCUUCUUGUCAACAAAAAAUUCUUUAGAGAAAUUCCAAAGCACGAGUCUACAGAAAUAACAGCAUAAUUUUAAGUACCUUCAUUUGAGAGGAGACAUCCCAGAAUUUAAUUCCGUUCAUUUGUGCCAGUUUCCAGAGCUGUCAGAAUAUGAUGAUUCUAGUUCAUAAACACAUCCAUGUGUGUACACACAUGGGCGUGCACCCCCCACACAGCCACACACACGCGCGUAAUACCGAGAAACCUGGCAGGUAUGAAUGGAGUAAAUGGUUAAGAAGUCAGGUGAACCUUAUUAAGGAAAAAGCUGUAGAGAUAGCGCUCCUUUGUCCACCUUCCCCCUCAUUUACUCUUAUACUGCUACCUGAAAAUUCUUAGCAUUAGCCCACCCAUAUAUGAGCACAGUUUGGAGAUGCUUCAUAUGAAUAAAAUGUAACAGAGUUUAAACUAGGAUUGUCUUUAGCUGAAUCUUAGCUUCAUCCAGGGAACUUACCCCAUGGUCUGUAUAUAGUUGCCUCUCAGGAUAAAUAUGUGUGUAAGAGAUGGUCACGCUCAGGGGUAAAUGUGGCCUGGGAGCUUUUAAUAAGUGCUCAGGCCUGUGUCCAAAUAGCACAGUAGUGGUUAUUUGGUCUACAUUCAUUGGAAGAGCUUAUGGGAUAGAAAAUUCCUCCUGCCCCCUCCACAUAUUUGCUGCCUAGGAAUAUCACUGCGCACAACUCACACCCAGUACUACUUUCAAGAGUAAACAGGAUAAUACUGAGGAGAAAAAUGGCUUGUGUCUACCACUUCAAUCUCCUUGAAGUUUCACACACAUUUAAUGAUUACCACAUCCAGACGAAAAUGAAAGCAUAAUAAACUCGCCCACAAAAAUAUUGCAAUAUACAAAGUAACUCUGUUUUAAUCAGCAUUGUUUCCCUUCUGUCAAAUAUUAUGAGUAAAAUGAAACCUUCUUUUGAUGGCAUAUGCUGUGGUAAAUCAAAGCAGACUCAUGAAUUAAGAUUAAGAGCUCUGGUCUUCAGGCACUUGGCCAGCCUUCAAAAGCAAGAAUAAAAUGGGGACAUUUCCACCCUUUGCCAGUAUUUCCAAGUGCAUCUCUCUGUAAUAUUCUUUGCUUAAAGAAAACAGCCUCCCAUCACUUAGCAGCCCCAAUGCUAAGCUCUCAGCAAAGAGAGAGAAUGUUGGUUUGGGCUUUAAUUUUGUGAACAAGACCUGAAGCUUAAUCAUUGCAUUCUGGUGUAAAGAACGAACAUGGCAUUGAUAUUUCACUCAUCCAGGCUGUUAGAAUUUGCAGUUCACAUCGUAACUCUGUGCUUAAAUUAAAGAAGCUUUUCAAAACAUCGUGACAUCUGCAGCAUUUAAAUUCUAUUUUAUUCUUUGUCCCAAAGCAGGCAGUGGUACAGUUCAGGAUUAAUAACUCAUCGGGAGUCUUUCAGGAUCAUAUCAGUUAUAUAGAAUAUUAAAUUUAAUAUAGGCACAUGCAUUAAGAAAAACUUAUGCAGACUAUUUUUUACUGUUAACUUUGUUGUGCUCGAAGCAUAAUUUAUUCAUCCCUUCUGUCACUGAUAAUUAUUGGAAUUAUGUACUUUAGGAGGCUAAUCCAUACCCAAAAAGCAUACACACAAAUACUCCUCUGAAUUUGCAAGUUGAUACAGGGAAAGGUUUCAGAAACACAUAAAAUCCUAUGACUUAUUUAGUAAGAAAACAGUAACCAAAAUUUUAGUAACCAAAAUUGCCACUGGUCUGAAUGUAAUUCAGCCAGAUCACAAAUCUUUGUGUUGUUAAUGGAUUUUUCACACGUUGCAUCUGUUACUCCUAUGUAGUUUCUGUCAUAAUUCCUUAAAUUUAUGAAUAUGGAGGGGGGGGCAGUAAGCCCAGGCAGCCUGACUCUCACCUGCAUUUUUCUAUCUUGAAUCACCAAGGAACCUUUAUGAGAAAUAUUUAGGUAGUUCAUCAUUUUUCAAGGAAAGAAAUCUUUUAUUGUCAAAUUAACAUUUAUCACCAACAUGUGAAACCUAAAAUUAUUUUGCACUCCAUGUAAUCUAAGGUUACUUCCCAAAGCCAACAUAUUCUUUCUCUUCUAGGAUAUAAUAAUAAAGGAUGAAUAGGUUUUGUUUAGACUUUCAAAACCAGAGGUUUCAUUUCAGUCCAUCCUGCCACUAGGUCCCCAGUGAAAGGUCUUAUGUAAUCAUUUCUCUCUUAUCUCCCAAAUUUAAUAUAGGCAAUAAAAUUCUUCAUCCAUAAUUCACCAUUUUAUCACAAAUACAACAUUACUGAAACCUGUUACUAGCACACCAGUGUAGAACAUGAGUCUAAUUGCUUCAGCCAAUUUUCAGCACACAUUUCACAACUGUUUUCAUUUGAGGGUUGUUUUAAAAGAAAAGAAAAUGUUUAGUCAUGAACUAGUCUUAACUUCCUUUAAACCAUGAUAUGGUUUUCUUGUCUGUGUUAUACUCAUUGUUUCAGUUUUGCCAUAUAGUUUUAUAUAAAGUUUGGCUAAUACCACUAAAAUAACCGUGGCUUCACAGUACUGGUAUGACUUGUGUCAAGAAGAAAGUGUUUUAAUUAUACUAUAUGCCACACACUGAGGAUCUUGUAGUGGGAUAAACAUAAAAAUGAGAACGCAAAAAUACAUGUCUAGGUCGUAUGUUACUGUCGUUCGGUUACCUCAGUCACACUACUUUCCAGUUCACUCAUCAGAUGUUCUAAAAAUGUACCUGCAAACCUUCCCUAGUAUACUCUAUGGGCACUGUUCUGUGGCUGUGUGUCUUCUGACGUGAGAUCAGUUGAUACUUUCUGAAAAGAGGGUUUGUUUGUUUGUUUGUUUGUUUGUUUGCCUCAACCCUCUUUUUACAUAUGCGUACCUCCCCAUCACACCAUUGGUAUUUUAGUUGUUUCUUAUCAACAGAAUUGAUUGUCCAUAAACACUAUUCUGAGUCAUGUAAAGACUGACUUUUGUAUUUAGGAGGUCAGAGCCCUCACACAAAACAGAGAAUAAUGCAAAAUACAAAGAACAAAAAGGGACAGACAACUGAAAAAGACAUGGUUUCUUUAUGUAUUAAUAUGUUAAUUAAAACAAAGAUUUUAUAUGAAAAUGAGUUUAUAUUACAGUUCCAUUACACUAUUAAG